AUGUUUCCUAAAGUGAUAAUUUUGGCUUGUCUGGCAAUUAGUAGUGCCAUCGCAGAGCCCAACCUAGAUGCCCAGCUAGCUUACGGAGCCCACUUACUGGGAGGAAUCAAUCCGGAACUGUACGCCACAACCAAAGCCCUGGCACCGCUCCAGUAUGCCUCCGGCUUCCCGUUGCUUUACGCCGCUCAACUGCUGGCCGGUCCCGUACAUAAAACCGUCAAACCAAUCGUGAGUGCACCCCUGCAGUAUGCAGCCACCCUUCCGGUAAGCUAUGGCGCUCCGGCUGCUUUUGCUUACAGCAGUCCCUACCAGUCUCUGACUUAUGGAGCGCAAACUCCGCUAACCUACGCUGGGCCGACAUUUCACAACCAACCAUACGCUUCGUACGCAGCCGCUCCUGCUCACACCACACUGGCCUACGGCGGCAGCGCACUCAACAGUGGACCCCUCGUCGGAUCACCCGUUGCUCCCACGGCCCUCAAUUACGCCGCUUUUGCCGCCAACGCUCAAGCUCUCGGAGGUUCUGCGUACGCCGCCCAAGCCCUGGACGCCGCUUUGGGCCGAUCCGCCGCCGAGCUCUACACUCGCGGAGUACCGUUUGCAUUUCCCGCUCAAGCGGCAGUCGCUGCCGCCGCCGCCGCCAACGGCGCCGCUGCCAGUGCGAAUUCGGAAACUGCACGCCAAAUUGCCGCCCUACAAAUUGCUCCGGGUUAUAAUCCGUCAGCGUCCCUGGGCGAAACACGUGCGCAAGCUCGGGCAGAUCGUCACUAG